UGUGUGAGAGAUGGAUAGAAAGUGUUGUUGAACAAGCGAGAGAAGUCCUAGGGUGUUUAAAAUCAAGCAUUAGACGAUAGAGUAUUGUGUCAUCAACAGGUCAGUGGACUUACCGGGGGGGAUUAUGUCCAAACCUUCAUCCAACGUUAAGGCCCUCCAGGCUAAUUUGAACAUCCCGAUGGGAGCUCUGCGUCCAGGGGCGGGACAUCCUGUCAAGAGGAGAGAGGAGACAGUAGACACAGAAGAGGCUCAUUCACCAGAAGAGCCCAGCGCUGCUCCCCAGACGCCAGAGGAGAAGAAGACGCUUCCGGGCGCGGUGAAACUGCCCGGUCCUGCUGUUAACCUAUCAGAGCUGCAGAAUGUCAAGAGCGAACUACGAUGGGUCACCAAGGAAUAACAUGAUCCCCAGCUAGGCGGAGAGGAAGGCAGAUAAUCUUCAUACACACAGACUUGCCCACUGCCACCGAGGACUAAGCAAACUGCAAUCUAAUCCCAACAUCUUCGGAAACAAUAACAGCUUUCUGUGGAACCAAUGUCUGCAGAGAAUGUUCGGCGUUUAACCAAACCACCAAGAUGCAGGCAUCCAUAAACUCUGUUUCUAUCAGUAGUCUAAAGGUUAAAACACUACAAAUAUCUAUAUUUAUUUUACCAUGUGAAAUUGUUUUGUCACUAAAUCCAAACUUAGAUCAUGAUUUGUACAAAAAGGUAAUGUGGUAAAGAGAGACAUUCUGGCUUGCUUCUGCUGCAGAUAAGACUCCAUUUUACUUGAACUUUUAAAAGUAAGGGAGUGUUGCAAUAACGGCAUAUUCUUCAGCAUAUUCUUUGCUUUUUUUAAGUUUUUGAAGUAUUUUUAAGUCUGAAGUAGUUGGUUUAGAAGGACAUUUAUUUACAAUUGACAUACAUUUAAGGAAUCCACUUGACAAAAAUCAAAACUGUGAUUCCCCUUCUAACUCUGUGAUGAAACUUCUUUUCCAUACUGUCAAAACUCAAACUAUUCAGCACUGAUUUAUACUGAUACUUUCUAUUAAAUUAUUCAUUUCUAAAUGUUGUAACAAUUUGCAAUGAUGCGAUAGGAUUUAAGUUAAUUUGUACUAUUUUUUUGGGAGGGGGAACAUAAUGUUUUACUUGUGUUAUUGUUAUGAUUCCCAGAAACUGAUAUCUUCAGGAAUAUGUUGCAAUAAAUCAAGAUGGUUCUAAAAACUGGUUUAUUCAUUACAUCUACUAUUACAGUAAAGGAGAAUAUUGGUUAAAUAUUGUUUGUUUUUCAUUUGUCCCAAUCAUUUUGAAAUACUUUCUUUAUAUAAUUAGAAUCUUUGUAACAUCUGGCUCUAUUGAUGGCCAUGUCGGUUAGUCCACCAUUUGGUCCAGACUGAAACAUCUUAACAACUAUUGGAUGUAUUGUUAUGACAUUUUAAGACAGAUAUUAAAGAAUCCCAAAGGAUGAAUCACAAAAACUUUGGU